GCAGGGCCAGGCAGAGAGACGACUGUGGAGCUCCCAUUCCAUGCUGCUGUUCGGCUCGACGGCGGAGCAGGUGCCCGGCCAGCUGCCUCUGGAUGCAGGUUUCGGUAAUCAGGGCGUGUGAAGCCCCUGAUAGCAUCGCUAACUGCACAGGAGAGGGAAGGGCUUGCUUCCCAUUAUAAGGUGACCUACACACGUUCUCCAGCUGGAAUACAUGGCAGAGCAUCAGCCUAAACAGCUAUGCAGGCAUCCUGCUCACUGGAAUACAUGGCAGAGCAUCAGCCUAAACAGCUAUGCAGGCAUCCUGCUCACUGGAAUACAUGGCAGAGCAUCAGCCUAAACAGCUAUGCAGGCAUCCUGCUCACUGGAAUACAUGGCAGAGCAUCAGCCUAAACAGCUAUGCAGGCAUCCUGCUCACUGGAAUACAUGGCAGAGCAUCAGCCUAAACAGCUAUGCAGGCAUCCUGCUCACUGGAAUACAUGGCAGAGCAUCAGCCUAAACAGCUAUGCAGGCAUCCUGCUCACUGGAAUACAUGGCAGAGCAUCAGCCUAAACAGCUAUGCAGGCAUCCUGCUCACUGGAAUACAUGGCAGAGCUUCAGUGCCUAUGCAGGCAUCCUGCUCUGUGGCUUUUGUAGAAACGGAUUAGCACUGGCUACCUAAAAUACCAGUCUAAAGUUAUCAAUUAUGAACUGAUAAUAAUAGGUCAGCGAUGUGGGGGGGACACGGAUCCCCUUGCAGAUUCAGGGGGCCCAGCUCUUCAUGUACUUGAAUACGUAAAAUUGUGUGGGGCGGCCCAAGUUGACAUUUUGUCGGGGGGCCAGAAUUCCUAGGUCCAUCCUUGCAGUUCGUCAGCAUGGUAACGGGUUUACAGUGUUAGUGCUGGUUGCUGACAUGGCAUGGGACAAAGACAUACAGUAUAUGAGUGAUGUUGUCUUCCUGUGCUGUGGUGUCAGAUGGUUCUGUUUGCUUUUUCCAAUGUGUGUCACACUCUCUGUCUCUCCUAGAUCAGCUGUUCUGCAGUCGCUCUACCUUGAUUCACUGGAUGAGCUGCCUCUCCUGGGCACUGCAUCGCUUUGGACAUUCCGGCUGAAGCUCAGCCUGAGGCCCAGCCUGGCUCUGCGAGUCCAUAUCUGCUGCGCUACCCUCUCUGCACACACCUGACCUUGGCUUUGGAGGCCAUCCCGCCUCUGGUCCCGCCCACUGGCCGGGCAGCAUGGAUGAUGGGCCCGUGAGAGGCAGCUCCCGCUCGCUUCGCCCCGCCUUCCCAUGGAGCCUGUCGCUCUCUCCUCGUGGAGCCCCUCCCAUGCUGGCCCCCAGCACCCCACAUUCCCACCGCCCAAUGCGUCAGGGGCUGUGGAGCCCCAGGGAGGGGCUCUCGCCCAGUCCUUAGCCCUCUUUGCAAUGCUCCUCAUGGACCUGCUAGCCGUGGUGGGUAAUGUGGCCGUCAUGGUGGUCAUUGUCAAGACGCCACAGCUGCGUAAGUUUGCCUUCGUGUUCCACCUGUGCUUGGUGGACCUGCUGGCUGCGCUGGUCCUGAUGCCCCUCGGCAUGCUCUCGGACCGGGCCUUUGCCAGCGAGGCCCUCUGCCGGAGUUACCUUUGCCUGAGCGUGUGCCUGGUGAGCGCUGCCAUUCUCUCCAUCUCUGCCAUCAACGUCGAGCGUUACUACUACGUGGUGCACCCCAUGCGCUAUGAGGUGAAGAUGACGCUCGGGCUGGUGGCCUCAGUGCUGGUGGGCAUCUGGAUCAAAGCCAUCGUAAUGUCAGCCCUCCCCCUGUUGGGUUGGGCCUUCCAGGGCCCUGGGACGGCCCCGUCACCCACAUCAGCUCCAGCUCCCAGCCGCGUGCACUGCUCCCUACAUUGGACCGGCGGCUCCAACCGCACCAUCUUCAUGGUCCUCUUCACUCUGCUCUACUUCCUGUGUCCAGUGCUCAUCAUCCUGGUGGUAUAUUGCAACAUGUUCAAGGUGGCGCGGGUGGCUGCCAUGCAGCAUGGGCCACUGCCCACCUGGGUGGACACGCCGCGGCAGCGCUCCGAGUCGCUUAGCAGCCGCUCCACCAUGGUGGCGAGCUCUGGGGGGGGGCCCCGCAACACCCCGCAGAGGACCUUCAGCGGCGGCAAAGCGGCCGUGGUGCUGCUGGCUGUGGGCGGCCAGUUCCUCUGCUGCUGGCUGCCAUACUUUUCCUUCCACUUGUACUCUGGGCUGGCAUCUGCCCCACCGGCUUCACUAGCCCAAUUAGAAGAGGUGGUCACCUGGAUUGGCUACUUCUGCUUCACCUCGAACCCGUUCUUCUAUGGCUGCCUGAACCGGCAGAUCCGGCAGGAGCUGGGCAAGCACCUGGCCUGCCUCUUCAAACACGGAGGCCCCGGUGAGGAGGAUGGCCUCCCCAGCCGGGAGGCCUCCAUCGAGGAGAACUUCUUGCAGUUCCUCCAAAGCACGGGCUGCGGCCAGGAAGACCGUGGCUCCCUUGGCACAUCCAGCCCUAAGGUGGAGAACUGGCGGGCCUCGGCACCUGCGGGUCGUGAGCCGGCGGCACAGGAGCCCACACCUGUUGACUUCCGCAUCCCAGGCCAAAUUGUGGAAGAGACCUCUGAGUUUAUGGAGCACCACAACCUGAACAGUGACCUCAUCCUCUCAGACAGUUGCAUCAGGACAAUGCCGCCUGCUAAACGAGAGUUGUGAGGGUGGCUUGGCUGCCUUAGGGUAGCUUAAAACAAAUUAACAGGAUAAGAGAAAAUUUUGGAUCCACCAAAUACUUUGGCCUCUACCUUCCUAGCUAAUAUAUUUGCAGAGCUGCAGUGGCAAAUGGUUAUCAGAGAUACUUCUAUGGUUCAGGGUACAUAGUUUCUCAAACAUCUUUAUAGUUUGGUGCAAUACAAUAGGGGGGUGAUUGCUAUUCUGGUUGGGUUCUACUUGUGUUCGACUUCAAAGGUAGAGUGAGGGGCACAUGAUGGCAAAAGUGUGCGAUGUGUGUGUGCUUCACAGCCAGGCCAUAGACGAGGUUCUGUAGGGAAUGAUGGCCAAAUGAUGAUUUGCGCCUCCUGCUGGCAGGUAUAGUCUCGAAAUUAUUUAUUUUCUGGGUACUCUCCCACCGGGCCUCGUGCCGUCCGAGGAUGAGCGCGUGAAGGUCCAUCUAUUUGCACUCGACAAUCCAGGCAAGCUUUAGCACGUUAUACAGUGCAGAACCCGGGCUUAUGACUGACGCCUGUGCCACAAGCCUCGCCCCUUCUAGACAAUCAACCGUGCAAUUGUAACUAAACCACAGGCCAUAGGAGCCUAACAUUUUACAGCAUUGUUCAUGUUUUUGUUCUAUGUUAUGGACACAUGGUAAGAAUGUUGUUUCUCAACAGAAGUAGUUUUACUGCUCCUGCCUGUGUCCAGUUUCACCUCAAGGCUUUGACUUCUCCUCACAAAGUGCUGCUCUUCAUAAAUAAUGCCUAGCUCUUGUAAUAUAGACCAAGAAAAGUCUCCCCUACUGCAUAUAAAGACCUGGAAGAGCCACUAAAAGAGCAGUUCUGUAGAGGCGACAAUGCCUGCAGCUACUGAGGGUCUUUGCCGUGACAAUAAUUAGUCACUUCUGAUCUUCUGUCCCAUCAUUUCAAGGUAGAAAUUGACUUUGUGUGUGUGUUGCUCUCAGGAGUCUGGAAGAAAGUGUGCUUAAGUACUGUUUGCUAAUUAAAAUGUUUAUCAUCAUCAGACUUAUUUAAGGAUUCUGA